AUGACAAUCUGUUUUGCAGCAGCACUUCAAGGAUUUAAAGAUGGAUGUAGAGCAGUAAUUGGGUUGGAUGCUUGCCAUCUUACUGGCAAGCAUGGUGGUGUGCUAAUGGCUGCAACAACACUAGAUGCACAAAAUGGUUUAGUACCAUUAGGGAUUAUGGUUUGCAGGGCUGAGACCAUAGAUAAUUGGACCCUGUUUCUCCAACAUUGGGCUCCACAUAUCACUGAUCAUAAGUGUCCAGUUACAUUCAUAUCUUAUAGGCAAAGGGAUUACAUGAAGUUGUGCCUGCACUGUUUGGAAAAACUUCUCAUAGAUAUUGUUAUAGGUAAUGAAAACAUGGAACUUUUGAAGAAUGAAAAUGAGGAAGCUUUUAUGUACCUUAUGAGGGAAAAUUCUGAAUCUUGGUCAAGGGAUUUUUUUGAUAGCACAAGAAUGAUGUAUGGAAAAUUAGUCAUGGGCUUGUUUUAUAAGAGGAGGAAUGAAUGUGCAGGGUGGACAGAUGGGCAGUUGGUUCCCACUACAGUUACGUUAAUUGAGAAGAUGAUGAAAUUAGCUGGUAAGUUCAAGACAGUUGGAUGUGUGGCAGGAAAGAUAUAUUCAGUAACUAACAGGGACACAAAUAAAAUGCUUACUGUUAAUAUUAUUAAUCAAGUAUGCAGUUGUGAGCAGUGGCAUAUGAGAGGAUUUCGCUGCCAACAUGCAGUUUGUGCUUUGAAGACAAUUAGUGCUGAUUGGCCAAAAUAUUGCAGUCCUUACUUUAGAGUGGAAUCAUAUAGAUCCACAUAUGCACCAGUGGUACAUCCUUUAGAUGACCCAAAGGACUGGGUAAAGGUAGAUAUGAAGCUCAAUACUCCCAUCUCAAGUAUAUCUGCAGGAAGACCAAGAACUAAAAGGAUAAAGUCAUAUGAUGAAGCUAGAGUUGAAGUGAGAACUAAAAGAUGCUCCAGGUGCAAGGUAGUAGGUCACAACAAAUCAACUUGUAAAGGAGAUGAAGUUGGACAAAACCCAAAGGGAAAGAGACCAAGAACUCAAGUAGAUGCUGCUGAUUUUAGUUUCUCAUAUCCAUGA